AUGAUUGCCCCAUUCUACCCAGAAACUGCGCUUGAGAAAGGUGUCUCUCAUCUUGUUGUGGGAUACAUAUUUAGCGCCUAUCCAAUAGCAAAUCUACUAUUCGCAGAGUUAUUGUUUAUUGGAUGUUUCUAUACAGACAAUCAUAUCAUUUUCAUUUCACUCUCAAUGAUUGCAAGAAUUCUUCAAGGAAUUGCUUGCUCAGGAAUACUCUCAGCUACAUAUGCAGUAUUGCUUUCGGAAUAUCCAGAACAUACAAAGGAGGUAUCAGUGACUCAAGAGAUGAGCAAUGGUGUUGGCUAUAUGAUUGGACCUGUUAUAGGAUCUCUCUUCUUCAAAUUAUUUGGCUUCGUUGGGCCAUUCAUAGCUACAGGCAUCUUGCAGUUAUUUCUGAUACCAUUAUAAAUGUGGAAAAUUCCAGGGCCAAAGGAUAACAAGGAAAAAGACAUAGAAAAUAGAGUGUUAAGACGCAAAAAAGAUCUAAGUUAGGUCUCUAAGGUAAUCCAGUAGCGCUCCUAUUUCCUUGAUACUUUUGCCUCACGAGCUGUAUCAACAAAAACUAUAUGGAAACUCUUGAAAGUUAAGAGAUUACAUAUGGCUACUCUAGCGAAUUUUAUCUCUUAUUUAGUGUUUGUGCAAGUAGAGCCUGUCCUAGCCCCUUAGCUUUUAGACGUCUACAAAGCAUCUCAAAAUACAGUCUGUAUUGGAUUUUCAUGUGGAGUAGCUUACACUUGUUACUUUCCUGAAGCUAUAGAAGGGGCAUUAGAAAAAUACCCUGAUGAAUAGGAGGCUAUUGGAGAGGUAAUAACUGUAUUAUAUACAAAUUCAUUCGCAUUGGCUGAGAUUUUAGCCCCUAUAUUAAGUACUCAUUUCAAGACAUGGUAUGGAUAUAGAGAAAGUGCUGACAUAUUUGCUCUAAUGUGUCUUAUUUUCUUCAUUUUCUACUACUUCCAAGUAAUUAAAAACAAAUGA